AUGGCGGAGCGCAGGGAACUCGAUCUGACUGGCGCCAAACAGAACACCGGCAUGUGGCUGGUCAAGGUUCCUAAAUACUUGUCCCAGCAAUGGGCUAAAGCUCCCGGAAGAGGUGAAGCUGGGAAGCUGAGGAUUGCGAGGAAUCAAGGGAGGACUGAGGUAUCUUUUACUUUGAAUGAGGAUCUUGCAAAGAUUCAUGAUAUCGGUGGGAAACCAGCUUCAGUCAGUGCUCCUAGAGAACAUCCAUUUGCCUUGCAAAGUGUUAGAGGACAGACAUUAACAGUGUUUACCGAGAGCUCCUCAGGUAAACUGUCAUUGGACGGAAUAGUGGUACAGAGAGCCGAAUGCCGACCUGCUGCCAGCGAAAGCUACAUGAGGUUAAAGAGAUUGCAAAUACAAGAGUCUUCCAAACCUGUAAGGCUGUCACAGAAGCUGGACAAAGUUGUCACGACCAAUUACAAGCCUGUCGCUAACCAUCAGCACAAUAUUGAACACGAAAGGAAGAAGAAGGAAGAUGGAAAGCGAGUUCGGGCAGACAAACAACACGUCCUAGACAUGCUGUUUUCAGCCUUUGAGAAACAUCAGUACUAUACUCUUAAGGACUUGGUGGACAUCACAAAGCAGCCUGUGGGAUACCUGAAAGAAAUCUUGAAAGAAAUUGGCAUUCGGAAUGCAAAGGGGAUUCACAAAAAUACCUGGGAGCUGAAGCCAGAGUACAGGCAUUACCAAGGAGAAGAGAAGAGUGGCUGAGAAAGUGUCCUGAACAGUGAGAGGCCGCCGGCAGCCAGCGGCUCACACCACACUGACCUCCUGCGGGACAGCACCGGCUACAGUUCUGCAGUUCCUCUCAGGAAACUGUUAAAGCUGGCAUUCCUUCCAUAAGUUUUUCAAGG